AUGCUGGAGGCUUGCACUGCAUCGAAAACGAAGUCGUUCUCUCCGUUUGUAGUUGAGGUGGACAUCCUGAAAGACCAAGAGGCUGAGUCCGUGUUCGGACAUCACAUGCUCAGUGAACGAGACGUGAAGAACGUCGCUCUUCAGAACGCACAAUCGAUCAAACAAGUGCAGGACGAGCUACUGACGAGUCCUUGGAGCUCAGCAACUGUACAUGUUGAAGGUGCUGCUGGCGAACAAGUACGUGACGAUCGCGUGCAAUUCGUUGACCAUUCAGAAGUCUUUGGAUGGGACUCGCGACGUCGCAUUCGAGGCAGUGAGGUGGCGUUUGUCUUCACGAAACGGUUUACAACCAGUCUGUCCGUCUUGGAGAUCAUGCAGCAAACCUGGGCCGAUGGAAUGCACCUCGAAGGUGCUCGACGAUUCAAAUACGACGUCCAGCGGCUGGAUAUGCUCCAGGAAGUGAAUACAAAUGCGUACGUGCUCGGUCGCGAUGUUCGGUCCCCGGACGAAAAGACAGUGUUUCGAACCACGUUGCUGCGAUACCGGACAAAGAUGACGGAAAAAGUGCUGCGUUUACCUGACUCUGCUUCGCUGCUGUCAAGUGGCGAGACAACAGUCGAGUUCAACCCGCGUCUGCGAGCUACUCGUUACGUCAUUGGGACGCAGAGUCUUAAUCCAGCAGCCAACUCGGGGGCCAAGCUCCUCCCCGAACGGGCUGGGAUCGAGCCGUCAGCUCCAUUAGUGUGGGCGGAACUAGCACUAAUCAUUGAACUGCUGCAAGUGUACGACUGCGUCACUGGCGAAGACAAGUACGUGCACGUACGAUGGUCUGGUACAACUAACUACGGCUCCACGUUCGAUGCGCAUCGCAAUGCAGCCGAUGUGGUCACGUCGAUUAUGCGUUGGGAACUUGACACGAUUGCGCCUGCUAUUCAAUUGAGUCUCCUCAACAUGGAGGUGACUGGGGAACGAGAUGUGACACAGGAGACUGGUAAGAGCGCAGCAUAA